UUUAUCAAUCAUGUCGGCAGAUUAUUUGUGUUUACACGAAACAUUAUUUAUUUUUAUCAAAAAUACCAUAAUACUGUUGUAAAGUUUAUGUAAAAUAAAAUCUAGAUAUGUUAUCCGGUGAUUUACGAAGCUUAAGGAGAUAGCAAAAUGCCUUAUUAUUGCACAGUGCCGCGAUGUACGUCAAUGGCAGGAAAAGCCAAAAAUGUUUCUUUUCACCAGUUUCCUAGAGACGAGGGAUUAGCAAAAUUAUGGAAUGAAGUGUUGAAAAGAGGAAAACCGUAUACAAAAUAUUCAAAAGUGUGUAGCCUACAUUUUAAACCGGAUGAUUAUACUAUAACAAGUGGUCAGAAAAACAAAGGUCAAUGGAGAACGCUCAGAAAAGAUGCAGUGCCAUCACAGAAUCUACCGUCAGAGUCGCCAAGUGAGGAGUGGCAACGACGCAACUCAGCUACAUGGCCGGCCACUUUGAAUGUCGAUACUAGUAUGCACCAUCAGAUGGCGCAAGCUAUCUACGUGCAGACAAUGUUAGCGAUGCAAGCCGCUGGCAUUACAGAUACUGGAAUGAAUGCAGUCAAUAUAGAUCAACCGUCACCAUCUCAAAACGACACAAGUCAUGACGAAACAGACUCAAAUCCAUCCAUACAAACAGAAAAUGAACAGACAGACAGAAAAAUCAUGCCAAAUAAAGUAACAUAUAGAUGUCACGAAUGUUCCAAAUGUUUUAAAGAUCCCGACGUUUUAUUAUUACAUCAGAGAACUCACGCGAAAUCCGAAAUCGCGCCGGGCAACACUGAAAUGUUAAAAGCGAACCCUAUACUGGCGAAUUUGCUUAAAAAUGACACGGAAAAUGUCAACAAAAACGUUAUUAGCAUCGAAAAUCAGAUUAUGUCAGCUCUUACUGAGAAUAUGGCUAAUUAUUUGCGCAAUUUGACGACAAUUAUGACGGCUGGCAAUACUGAAUAUGCUAUAGACAAAGUGGAAAAUGCAGAUGACUGUCAGUUUAGAAAUGACAGCAAUGGAGAAGCGAAUGACGUCACAGAAACCAUAGACUAUAAAGAAAAUAUCACCUCUUCAGACUUUAGCGUAGACAAAAGCGCGGGAAAUAAAAGCGCUGACAGUUUUAGUGAUAUAAAUAACGAUGUUGCUUAUGGUACUGAAAAUACAAGUUUUGCUACAGACAAUAUAUUUAAAGGGGAAAGAAUAGAAAAUGGCGCAAACUGUGAUAGUGAAAAGACUUAAAAUUUACUUUUGUAUAGAAGAAUAGAAAUAUUUUUGUAGGUUUUUCUUGUAUUCAUAUGAUCUUAUUAGUUUUUAAUUGCGCGAAUAUACAUAAAACCAUAUAUUAUUCCGAUAAAAAGUAAGACUCAUAAACAACAAAAAAACUGUCCUCAUCAAAACUCAGAGUUUUCUAACGAGCGAUACAAUACACUUUGAACAUUACUGCCACGUAAUAAGGUGUUAAUUUCAAUGAAUGUUUUAUACAAAGCCGCUCGGACAUUUUACAUUUUUAGAUAAUUACUUCCUACUUGGUAUUCGCGCAAAUACGACAUACCCACCUCCUAGUUAUUAUUUUUUUUUUAAUUCCUAUAUAAUAUAAACUAUAUUAUAUUGCUUAUAUACAUAGUUAUUUAGAAUAAGCCCUUAAUUUUUUAGAUUAUUUUCAUUGAAUCGAAAAUAUUGUGCCGUACUUGGUAUUAUAAUUAAAAAAGACUGCAUAAUUUUAGUGCUCAAAUAUAAAUUAAUAAUCGAUUAAUUAAAAUAAAAGAAAAUUUCCCACCGAAACUUUAUUUAAAAAAAGAAUUGACUGAUUGAAAUUGGAUAUUCAGAAAAAUAAAGUAAGAGAGAAACGACAAGAGUUAUUUUUCGUGUUACAGAAAGAGAUAGAAUGUGUUUAUUCAUAAUGAAUGUAAACAUAAUCAAGAAGAUAAACGAAAAUUUAUAUUUGCCGUCUAUCAUCUAUAAAACUUAAUUGAGCGGUUGUGCGACGUUGCCGCACCGCACAAUAAGCGGAUAACGCUCCGCGCUACAAAAUCAUGGCGAGCGAUGGUUGCGACGUUGCCGCACCUUGAUUGUAUCAACUGAGCGGCAACGGCGCGUUUUGUUUUUAAUUUUAUGUAAACAUUCGUCUUGCAAUCGUCAUUCGACAUAGCAAUAAGCCUUAGGCUGGUUGCAGAGCUUGACCGACCAUCUGUGCGUACGUCCGCGUCAGUCGCGCUUGUCAUAUGUAUGGAAAUUCAUAAAACCGUUCAUAGCUAGACCGACCAUACGUACGCGUAUUGUCAUGCGUAUUAGUGUCAUAAACAUUGUUUAUGCGUAUCGUCAGGACCGACGGUACGCACUGAUGGUCGGUCAAGCUAUGCAACCAGCCUUACUCGAAUUACAAUUACAAUAUAUUUUUUAACUAGGUCAAUAUGUAUCUCUUCGAUAAUAUGAAAACCGUCAAAAUAGAAACCGUAUAAUAUGUAUUUACACCAAGUAUGAUAUUAUUUUUUUAAUAAAAAUAAAAGACAGUGCCUUAUUCUGUAUGUAGAUGUAAGUAUAAACAGUUUUUCUGUAUCUAUGAAAAAAGUAUACAAAUAGGAAAUAUGCGUAUAUUAAAAACGUAUCUCUUAUAGAAAAAUAUCGUCAAAAAUGACUAUAUUUUUUAAAUUACCAUUACAAAAGUCUACGAAAAAAUAAAAAUAAAUUCCAAAAAUAUAUUUUUUUUUUUUUACUUUAAGAAAACAUGUAUAUUUCAUAUUCUACAAAAAUUCAGAUAUUUUUUAAAUUCACUAUAAAUAAUUAUAGGAAAAUCCCGUCCAUACUAGAAUGUCUUAUAUAACAGACUUAUUGUCGUACAUUUUUAAGGCCUAUUCAAACUACAACGGUCAGCUGUUCGCUACCGUACUCAGAUCGGAACGCGAUUAGAGUCUAUAAUAUACUACGUAAGAGAUAUAAGUGUUUUCCAAUUACAGAGCAUAAUGCGACUCUGUGGCGCACAAUGCCGAAUUUAAAGGGGAAAAAUUAAAAUUCUGUCACUGUGUU